AUGAUGAAAGACCGCCACGAAGCGCAGUGGCAGACGAACUAUCUAGCGCACUGGGUGUUCACGCAUCGUCUGUUUCAGGUGAUGCUAGACACCUCCAAAGCUCUACCGCUUGGAAGCGUGCGCAUCGUCAACCUAAAUUCGUCAGGGCACUUGAGCGUCCCCAAACAUGGCAUCAACUUCGAAAAUCCAACAUUGAAGGACGCUAGUUCCAUGGCCCAUUACGGCCCGAACAAGCUCGCUAAUGUCCUCCAUACCAAGUCCCUUCAUGCAACGUACGGUCCCGUCUCCCCUAGCGCUCGAAACAACGAUGGCGAGAUCUGGGCCUCGUGUAUAAGUCCAGGUCUAGUGGAAACGAAUCUCGCUGACGGAGUCAGCAGAUCGGGCUUUACCAUGACCAGUGUCGCCUCUGUCUUACGCAUGGUUAGUUUGUUUUGGUCGGCCGACAAGGGCUCAUACAAUAACUUGUUUUGUGUUGCGAGUAAGGAUAUGAAGGCUGAACAGAGUGUUGAGUACCUUGAGAUCUUCGGUCAUUCCGGGGAACCAUAG